ACCUGAACAAGUAUCUGAAACUCCAUGUUAUACCGUGUAUUUUGGAUCUUUAAUAUUUCUUUGUUAUAUAUUGUUGAUAUAUCGAUAAUAAUCACACUAUAUUCUACAUAACAUUUCAUGAUAACCGACAAAUAUAACAAAUACACAACACAGAACACACUGCAUUAUAUCCCGCCGGAUCUUCGAACGUGCUUUAUUUUGUAAUCCAAUAUGUCGGCGUUAGGGACGCUGUUCGGUAUUCACCGAGAUACAAUUCCUCUACCGCGCGUAUUAUAAUUUUUUGAUAAAUUACCGCUGCAUAGAUAGUUUCUGAAGAACCGUGUGUGUUGUUAUUCUCAUUAUCGUCGAUAUUACCAUUAUGGCGAAAUCCAUGUUGUCAACCGCCCCCUGGUGCAGCAAAUUAAAAAGAUUAAAAGUGACAUUUUAAUAAGAAAUCUAUAUAAAAUGGCAAGGAAAAAAAACAUUGAAUUGUUAAGAAUAUAAGAGCAGGAAGAGUACUUCUUAAAGGAAGUUUAUUUAAAAAGGUAUAAGGAAACAUGACAGAUGUUAAACCAAUUGGAAUUUCUCAAAAUCAGCCACAACAAACACAACAACAGUCACAGCAGCAGCAACAGACACAGCAACAACAGCAACAGCAGCAACCACAACAACAACAAUCUCAACCACAGCAAAUGAUGAUUGCAACCCAUGAUAUUCAACAACAGCAAAAUGUACAGCAGCAACAGCAGCAUGUUCAGCAACAACAAUCUCAGCAACAACAAGUACAGCAGCAAGCGCAACAACAAGUACAAUCUCAACAAGUUCAACCACAACAACAAAUUCAACAGCAAGUGCAAUCACAGCAGCAAAUGCAAGUGCAGCAGCAGGUACAGCAACAAGUGCAACAGCAAGUACAACAACAGCAACAGCAACAGCAACCUCAACAACAACAAUCUAAUAGUGGACCACAUAACGUUGUUCCUACUCAAGUGCAGGUACAGCCACAGGUAGCAGCAAUUAUGCCCCAGCAACAGGGUGCUGUUGCAGUGUCAAUGCAGCAUCAGCAACAGGGUGUUGGAGGUGUAUCUAUGACUUUAUCUGGUCAACAAGGAGGAACGACUAUAACUACUAUGGCUGCGCAUCCACAAGCAGUACAAGUUAUUCAACAACCUAUGCAGAACCAAGCAUAUCAUUUGCAACAACUUUAUAACACCCAAGGAACUCCACUAUUGAUGCCAGGAAAUUUAGCUCUCCAUCCUGCAGGCAUCAAUCCUUCGUCCAUACAGGUCAUAACAGCUGGAAAGCCAUUUCAGUCUGCUGCUCAAUUAACACCUCAUAUGCUAACGACAGCAUCGACACCAGGUCAAGGAGGUGGUCAUCCUGCAGCUGGAGGAACUAAAGUUCAAGGGUUCCCUACAGGUUACUUACCAGUACCUACUUCAGCUACACCUGGUGCAGGACAAACUCUGGUAUUUGGUCAACUUGGUGUACUGGGUUCUCCACAACCACCUCCAUCUAUACAACAACAACAGCAGCAGCAGUCUGCAAACAAACAAGAUCAAGUACAAAAGUAUACUACGUGUACAGCGGCUACUCCGUCCGGCGGACGAGGUGGUAUGCAAUUUGCUCCUUGGCAAUUUACACCACAAGUUGCUUGGACUGGAAUACAACCACCGGCGCUUCUAACUAAUCAAAUAUUCAUUAGAGGUCCUACUCAACCUGAUAUGUUUAUACAAAGUCCACAACCAAUCCAAGCUCAUAAUGCACUAGCUACGCAACAACAAAUUCAGGGAGUACAACAAAUUGCUGCAGCUAGUGGAAAACCAAAGGUAAUGGAUAUACAACAACAACAGCAACAAAGUAAGCAAAGUUCAGGUGGACAACGACCUUUGAGUAUUUUACCGUCCUCUUUACAAGCAGUACAAGCUGCUAACAUACGAGCUGCCAGUUCUGUUUCAACGCAAACUGUUCAUGGAGUACAAACUACGGUACAUGUACAGAGUGGCAAAGGAAGCGGUAGUAGCGGUAAAGGCCGUGGUAAGCCAUUGCAAUCGCCGCAACAACCGCAACAGCAGUCACAGCAAACGAUGCAACAACAACAUCAACAGGUUUUUAUUCAACAGAAACAGCAUACGCAGCAGCAACAGCAGAUGCAGCAACAGUAUCAACAGCCGCAAGUGCAGCCAUCGCAACAGCAAAUACAACCAAAACCAAUAAUGACAAACAUGGCUCUGCAACAACAACAACAACCAGGUGUAGUCCUUAGUGGGGAACGUCCGAUUAUGCCUGUAGUUUCGGUGAGCGGAGUUGGCGUUGCUACAUCUCAAAUGAGUCAAGUACAACAAUCUCCCAUGUCUGCUGUACAACAAUUACCAUUACAAGCAAUCAAUUCGACAAUAAUUGGUAGUCAAAUAGUUAGUGGAACAACACAGGUUCAAACGAUGUCUAUGAUAAAUCAGUCGGCGGAUCAACAAACACAUGAUAAUAAUAAUUCCGCAAUAAUGAUUGCAUCACCCGAUCGUAAUCACCAAGCUGAAUGUUCUUUAGCAUUACCAUCUGCUGCAAAUACUCCUACAGCAAAUGAAGAGAAUUCUAAAUCAAUAUUGAAAAAGGACGAUCCAAUUCCAAUAGAAGAAGUGACCGUAUCUCAGCCAGAAACGACAGAUGGGGACCAAUCUAAGAUAACUUUAAAAGAUGAAGAAAAUUUGUCGGUAAAGUUAGAAGAAAAAUCAUGUAGUAAUCCUUUAGCAGGAUUAGCAAAUACGAUUAAUUCUAUUACGAAUGGUAUCAACAAUGAAGACUCAGCGGCAAUUCCUGCUUCUGUAUCAGUUAGCGCAAAUAGUAAACAUGUACCACCAAAGGCAAUGGUCAAACCACAAGUUCUUACACAUGUAAUUGAAGGCUUUGUUAUUCAAGAAGCGUCUGAACCAUUCGCUGUUAAUCGAACGUCAUUGAAUAAUACAGUUAAUCAAGAAGCAGGUAAUAUUUUAAACCGCAGUACUAAUUCAUCAUCUGAAAGAGAUAGUCAUGAAGAACCUCCAAGGAAAAAACAUGCACCCAAUUAUCCGAAUGACGAAGAUGUAAAUAAUGUUCAAAUGGGAAAAUGCGAAGCUUGUGGUAAUUUGAUAGAUGAACAAAAUACUAAAUUCAAAAAAGAGAAACGGUUCUGUUCCUCUAGUUGUGCAAAAAGCAAAAAGCGGGAAGCAAGAGAUCGUGACGGUACUGAAAAACAAUGGACUGAGAUAGAGACUGAAUCAAAAACCGAUGGAGAUAUAAAAAAGAACGGAGAAGAAAAGUCAUUAUCUAGUACAACUACUAGUUCUUCCGUUGAUGAAACACUGCCGAAAGUUAAUCCUGUGAAGUGGACGGUUGGAGAAGUAUGCGAUUUUAUACGCGGAUUACCAGGGUGUGCUGAUUACGCGGAAGAUUUUGCUAUUCAAGAAAUAGAUGGUCAAGCACUAAUGUUACUCAAAGAAGAUCACCUUAUGUCGGCCAUGAGUAUAAAGUUGGGUCCUGCAUUGAAAAUCGUAGCCAGAAUUGAUUCAAUGCGUGUGGAGUCGUCAAAUUCUAAUCCUACAACUAAUAGUUCGUAAAUGUUUAUUGUUUAAGGUUUCUACUCGCAGAAUUUCAAAUUGCAGCCUAUGGGCUACAGGGUUUGUGCAAGUAUUUGAUCGAAUCAUAGAAUUAAGAUUUAAAAUUAUUAAGGUUCAGUACUUUCAAUUCUACACUUAUGAUUUAAAGAUCGAUCUAUGUAAGACUAAGUUCCGUAUUAUUUUGUUGCUGUAUACAAAAUAACAAUAUUAAUAUUUUAAAUUUGGUGUACUAUAUUGUCGACAUAUACAUAUAUAUACAAAUCCACUUUAAAGGGUAAGUCUUACACUGAUUGAUUUUUAUAAAUGUAAAUAGCAUUCAGUUAUUGUAACUUUUCUUUGAAAUUGAAAUGUAUGUAUAUCUGCUUUGGAAAAUUUUUCUAAAAUAUUGCUGUUUAACUAGUAUGAUCAAGAAACUGAGUACAAAUUAUGUCUAUUACACAAAAAAAAAGAUAAAACGUUGUAUAUAAAGUAUCCGGCGUAUGUGCGAUGUAUUUUGUACUCGAAAAUUCCUUUUGGAAGCUGUAUAAAAACUAUUGCCUUCUGUAAGACUUACAAUAAUCUCGAAAAAUAUCUGGCACUUUUAAAACGGUUAAGCUUUGUGAUGAAUAGCAAUUUCCAUACAUAACAAUUUUAAAUUGAGGUACAAAGUAUUUGAAAUAAUGCGAUAACACCUUUGACUAUGUUUUACUUUGUAAAUGUUUCAUGUGCACUCGACUUACAUACGUGUAAAUAUUAAACAAAAUGUUUAUUUAAUAUACAAAUUUUAUAACAUAAAAAUAUUUUAUAGUUGUUAACACUAGUUGUCCUUCCAUUUAGAACUAGAUAUUAAUUUAGAUACAACACUCUAAAUGCAAGAAAAAUAUAUUUUAAUUUAUAAAAUAUGUGAUGUUGAUCAAGAAAUAAGGCAAAUUGUAUAAUAUCUUAUAACUGUGAAGCAUACUCAACAAAAUGAAACGAGUAUGAAUGUAUUAUAUCAUUAUUCAACAUUUGCAAUUGCCAACAAUGUGAAUAUAAUAGUAAUUGUCUAAAUCUUUAUUAAGUAGAUUUAUUAAUUUUGUAUUUAGUAACACAGAGAUCAGUAUAUAAUUAUAAAAGAAUGUAUUUCAAAAUUAAUAUUUUAACGAGGAAAAUAUUUGCAUUUACGAAAUGCACAGUAUUUUCAUAUUACAAUCUAUAUUUAAUUUUUAAUAAUACCUUAUUAAUAGCGAUAAAAAUCAAGCAUUACAAAUUUUAUCCGUAACAAGUAAUUAGACAAAGAUAUAGUAUAUGCAAAAAUAAAAUACAAAACGCAUUUGUUAAUUCAAGAUUUCUCAGGGUAUAGUCUUAUUAUAUAUCUUUUUAUAUUGAUUUGAAUGGCACCUGAGUAACAGAUGUGCACAAUUGUGAUGAAAUUUAAAUAAAUUAGAGCUCUAAAAAUAUUAUGAAUUAAAGUCUA